AUGUAUCAUUACGAACAUCAACCCCGGGUUGUGGAAGGCUACUCGGAUUACCAUGGUGUGUUUGUAACUCCUCCGGCUGAUUGGGACAAUUCGGUUGGUGGCACUUCGGUUGGUGGCAAUCGGCAUAAUGACAUUCAGUGGGCUACCGUUACGGGAACUGAAUUUGAGCUUCUUGACGUUCCGGCUGGUGAUGUUCCGGCUGGUGACGCUCCGGUUACUUACAAGCCCGCGGAACUUUUGGCCUCGGAUGUCAGCCAGCAUAUCCGAGCUGAGUCCAACUCUCGUCUAAGAGAUGCAGUCACGAAAGGUGUCCCCUUGGAUGCUUUAUACUUUACAGAUGAUUGUUAUCCAGCCUGGGACAACAUUUACGAGAUGAAUCCCGGACACAAUCAUCAUGCGCGAGUCCAAAAAAAGCUGCUCAAUCGCGAGGCCGCAUCCCUCGUUGAUUCCUUGAUCAUGAAGGAGCUCGUAGCUUCGGCCAAUGAAAAACUUGAAGAGGCACGUCUACUUGGCGUUGCCCUCACGGACAUUAGCAUUGGAACAGAUCUUGUGCCCAAGUGGGAUCGACAGGCGGUCGAUGUGGCAGCCCCCCCGCCUGAGCUUGUUAAGGAUCACUGGGAGGAUUCGCUUAAACGAAACAUUGAUACCUUUGGAGUCGAUUUCAUUAUGGAUGAAAUCAGAGAGGCGGCUUCGGAAGACGACUCUAUUACUCCGCUCAACUCAACUUCGGAUCGUGAGGAUUCAGCCCACUAUGAUACCGACUCAUCUGCUAGCGAUGACGGCAUCCGCUAUGGCAACAACCAACAUGAAGAGCCCAUUGACGACCGCUAUGCCAUGUUCUCUGGUGGCGACCCCCAGCCUCUGCCCUCUGGCUACAGGACCAUUACGGAGAGCGAUGAUGAGGCUCCACACAUUCUUCACGAUGUCGAGAUUCACGAUGGCUCCAACGGCAUCUACCACGUUGACAUGGAGGUCUAG